AACGUAAUUCACACAAUAAUUUUAAUGCGUAUAGAUAUAAUAUGUGCAAAAUUGAUUUUUUAAAUAUUUGAGUAAAAUUUUUGCAAUUAGAAUCACGGAAUUAUGUGAAAGGGAUUACACCGGUCAACACGAAUUUUCAGUCUGGGUUCUAGAUAUCAAAUUGUCAUUUCACCGACGUAACAAAUAAAAGAAAUAAUAAUUUUUUCAGACAAUUUUUACUUUUGUCGAAACUAGAUUCGAGAAAAUUCUGUUAUGAUAUCCGUCAUUGGUGAUUAUGGAAUUAAUUAGUUAAAAGACGAGCAACGAAAAGCAGGAUAGCAUUUACUGAAACGAAGAAUUGAACUAAAGAAACUUCACAGUCAGGUUAUUGCCUGGGAAUCCUGGGAAAAGCUUACUGGAAUACUUGAAGCAGUGACCUCACUAUUCUAACAGAUACACUGAAUAACGAUUUACCAUAAACAACACAGGUCGACAGAAAAGUUUUUUAGCUCGAGUUUAUACAAAAGCAAACUUUAUUUUAUUAGUUACGCGGGAAAAUUUAAAUUUGACGUCCAUAAACCACAUUCAAAACACGUCUUGACCGGUGUAUUCUGUCUUUGGUUUACGUAACGUGGAUACUUGUUUAUUUUGGGCGCAUCGGACGAACUCCGACAUCUCACACUGAUUCUAAACAGCGAAUAAGGAAAAACGUACGAGCAUCAUUCCCAUUAGUAUGCGUAUGUUAAUGUGAACUGUGAUUCCCCACUGAAUUAAGUCGCACACCAGGCCAGUAGCCGGUGAAUCUUUAAGAGCGGUGUAACACUUCAACUAACGAUAGUUUACCAUCGAGAGAGCUGCAUGAAAGGCAAUCACUUUUGCAAAAACGCGCGCGCAUUUGCCAGUCAAACAUGGGUUACGAACUACGCCGAGAUAACCCAGCAACCGAUGCUGAUACGUCGAAAGUAUUAAGUACACAAAGGCGAGUUAUCCUGUUGACUUGGCAAAUAUUGGCUUUCAUAUUGGGAUUGUUCCUCAUUGCCGCAGUAAUUACAAUUUUGGCCUUGCUUCGGCGAGAUUCAUGCUGUUCGUCACCGAGCUACGCUUAUCCAGAAUCUCUCAUUUCAUCGAUGGAUGGGGACGAUCUACCGUCGAACUUGCCGCUGACCCCGGUUAACCCCACAUUUUCCGACUCAUCGACGAACAUUAGCGGUCUACCAAUAAACAAUCUGAGAUUCGUCACACGGAACGAGUGGGGCGCCCAACCGCCAACGGAACCCCUAGGAAAGUUGAAACAUCCGGUUCCUUAUGUGAUCAUCAGUCACACCGCGACGGACUUUUGCGACACGCAGUCGACGUGCGCGUUUCGGAUCCUCUUCGCCCAGACGUUUCACAUGGAGUCAAGAAAUUGGUCGGAUAUUGCUUACAACUUUUUGAUCGGCGGUGAUGCUUACGCCUACAUUGGACGCGGCUGGGACCAUGUCGGGGCACAUGCCUACGGUUACAACUCGAGAAGCAUUGGAAUCUCUUUCAUUGGGACAUACAAUACCGUUGCACCUUCGGAUCACCAGAUGAACGCACUUCAGCAACUUAUUCAAAUUGGAGUAAAGUCCGGGAAAAUUGCUGCCGAUUAUAAACUUUUAGGGCACCGUCAGGUUUCGAAAUCUCCGAGCCCUGGUGACGCGUUGUAUAAUAUUAUAACAACGUGGCCACAUUGGUCCCCCACGCCGUAAUAUUGUACGAGUAUAGUGGAUUGCUAUUGUACGAAUUGGCAUAACGCUUUUUGUCAUAUGACCUUUUUUUUCCAAUUCACGGUCUUUGCUACAAAAUUUCUCAUCUGUUACCCUUGUGAAUUUGAUUAGUUCACUCCUAAAUUUUGGGUAGUCUAGUUUUUAGGUGAAGUAUAAGUAACAAGACGGAAAUACAGUUUUUCCGCGAUACUUGUCAUCACACAUUAAAAGGAAAGAGUUUAUCGGUAUAACCGACCAAUUUUCGUGACGAUCUCGAAAACGGCCGAGUGAAAAAUCUGGAACUGACAGGACUUUGCAGCAAAAUAAAAAAGUUUUGAUGGAAAAAUUAAAAGAAUAAGAUAUAUAUAAAUUUUUAAAAACAAAUAUGUAAAGAUUCGUUGAAAUUAUAAAAAGUGAUUUUCGACCAUAA